AUGGCACGAUUCUUAGGACUCCGGGGCAAGAGUCUAGCGACUGCCAUUAGUGUAACUUGUGGUUUCUGCUUUUUGUGCUUCGGAUACGCUCAGGGUGUGAUGGGCGGUCUUUUGACCGUUCAGCAAUUUCUCGUUCGAUUUCCACAACUUGACAUCGUCAACGAUGUUUCAUUCCACGAUGCAUGGGUCACUGGCCUCACAGUUGGAACAUGGCAUCUGGGCUGCAUCGUGUCGGCCAUUGCAACUAUUUUCGUUGGCGACUUGCUUGGGCGUCGACGGACACUCAUCCUGGGCUUGACCUUCUGGGUCAUUGGCGAAAUCAUUCAGACAUCAUCAUACAGCUUUGCGCAAUUUGUCAUUGGUCGAGCAGUCGCUGGUUUCGGCAAUGGAUUUACCACAGCCACCGCACCAGCAUACCAAGCAGAAUGCGUCAAGUCCCAUCGCAAAGGAACAAUCCUCAUGGUUAGCGCCGGCGCCUUCGUAUCCGCCGGUAUCGCAUUGUCAUACUGGUUCGUCUUCGGUUUCGCCUACAUCAACAGCUCUUCAGCAUCAUGGCGCGUUCCCAUCGCUUUACAAAUCGUGUUCGCACUUCCCGCUAUCGCAAUGCUAUUCGUCCUGCCAGAGUCCCCUCGUUGGCUGAUCUUAACUGGACGCGAACAAGAAGCACUCACUGUGCUAGCCGCCCUGAAUGACGACGAUCCAGACAGCUUCGAGACCAAAGAUGAGUUUCUGCAGAUCAAGGAUGCGAUCCUGCUCAUGGCACAAGGUUCAAGUGUGGGCAUGUUCUCUAACAAAGAACGACGGGGCUUUCAUCGUGUUGUAUUGGCCUACUUUGUCCAAGUCUUCCAGCAAGGCACAGGCAUCAAUUUGGUUUUGCAAUACCUUUCUUGGAUCUUCCUUACCCGCAUGUCAUACACCGGAUGGCUUGCCCGGCUCCUAGCAUCCUGCUCAGCAACUCUGUACUUUCUCGCCUCAUUCAUUGUCGUUGUCGGAAUCGAUCGCUUCUGGGGCCGUCGUUCUCUGAUGAUGUUUGGUGCUACGGGUAUGUCGACUUGCAUGGUUCUAAUCACCAUCUUGCAGUAUUUGUGGUCUGAGAAGGCGAUGCAGGAAGCCAGAAUCGCUAGUACUGUGUUUCUCUUCAUCUUCUCAGUCUUCUUUGCUAUUGGUUGGCAGGGCAUGGCAUGGCUGUAUCAGGUCGAGAUUGUGCCUUUAAGAAUCCGUGGUCCGGCUAAUGGUCUCUCGACAAGUGCCAACUGGUUGCUCAACUUCGUGGUCGUUUUCAUCACGCCAAUAGCAUUCCAGCGUAUCUCCUAUCGAACUUGGAUCAUCCUUGCCACCACAAACCUUGCCAUCAUCCCUCUCGUAUACUUUUUCUACCCAGAGACCGCAUUCCGCUCUCUUGAAGAAGUCGAUGUCAUCUUCCAGCUCGCAGACGACGCCCCAGGCAAUCCAUGGCUCAAUGCUGUCAGAAUCUCAAAAGACGAACCUCUAUGGUUUGGAAAGCAAGACCCAGAAAAACGUCUCAACUUCAACUACGCAAACACCUCCUGGCACAAACGCCUAAUCGGAACCGCAAGUAGCGGAAAGUCCAGCAACCGAGGUGACACUGCCCAUCAAUACGACGAAAAGAAACACAUGCACAACGCCCACAAUCCCUACCCCGAAACCAUACUCACCCCCAACCCACCCCACGGUCGCCAAAUCUCUUGCGAAUCCGAUAUCGAUCCCUGCAUCCACAAUAGUCCAAGCCCCUUGACCCUAAUAAAAACACACACCAACGACACCCCUUCCCGCAAGAAACUCCAAAAAAGACACAGCGCAACAAGCACAAUGACCACCUCCUCUUCCCACGCCCGCCCCUCCUCUUCCCUCCUCUUUCCCUCCCACGCCAACGCUUUCUACCUCGAAGACGACUCCGCCCCCGCCCCCAGCGUCCCCCGAAGCCGGAGCACCAGCCGCGCAAGCAAUAGUGCCCUCUCACACUCGUAUUCCCAGUCACAGCCACAGCCAAAUUACAUGUCGCGCUCAGCGCGUACCUCGGACAUUAGUAUCUCGAAUAACAUUCUUAACCGCAUCAUCAACCCGGAUUUACUGGCUCAUCAGCAAUCGGAGUCUGAGGCUGAGCUGCAAGGUUACGCUGGGGAGAGGAGCGAGGUGGAUCAGGUGGGUCAGGAGGAGGGACUGGGGUAUCCGGGGUUACUGCUGGGUGAGGAACGGAUGGUAAGGACGCAGAGUGAGCGGGAGACGGAUUUGCCGGAUGGGGUUUAUGAGGUUGUGCAGGGGCGGGUGAGGCGGGUUAGUGGUGGGAAUGGGAGGCCAGAGAGUAGGGGGAGGUGGGUUGCUAGGGAUGCGGGGAGGGCUUGGUGAGGUUGGAGCUGAAGUUUUUUUUCCCGGGUUUCUUUUGUAAAUGAACAUGUCGUGGUUUAUCGUGUGAACUAGUUGGUAAAUCGUCAGCAUGCUCUUCUCUUUUCCUUUUCAACGCUUUAUCGCUUUUUCUUAUAGAGUUACAUUCACUUUAGUCAUUUCCACACAAGCAAGCAAAUCUCAAGACCC